UUUUAUUUUCUUGUGGGAUUACGAUGAAAAGAAUAACACGGAAUGGAAUUUUGGAAAACACCCACAGCAUGAAAAACAAAAACAGGUUAAAAACAUUCACAGAGGCCGGUCCCUUCUUCUUCUUCUUCCUUUCCUCUUCUUCCUCUUUCUCUGUCUGAUAAAAUCAGCUUCAGAUACAGAGCACGCAGAGUAUCUUCUCUGUUCUUUUGUCCCUUUCUUCUGUUCUUCUCUUCUGUCGUUUUUGUUUUUAUUACUAUUUUAAAUAUUAUACGGCCUUAUAUAUUUUAUUACUUCAUUUACUAAAUUACUAGAAUUAAAACAGCUAAAACAGAGGGAAAUCACGAGAGACAAACUGAGAGAAGAAGGGAUCAAACUUUAUUGUUUUGAAUCUCUAUGGAGCAGCUUGUCAACUUUAUCAUACGGCCCCCCAGGGCUGAGUACAAUCCAAAACAUGACUUGUUGGAUCAAGAGUUUAUGCUGAAAGGGAAAUGGUACCAAAGAAAGGAUUUUGAGAUUAAAAAUAGCCGAGGAGAUGUUCUUCAAUGUAGUCAUUAUGUACCCAUUGUUACUCCUGAAGGAAAGCCUCUGCCUUGCGUGAUAUACUGUCAUGGAAAUAGUGGUUGCAGGGCCGAUGCUAGUGAAGCUGCUAUUAUACUGCUGCCUUCAAAUAUCACAGUUUUUGCUCUUGAUUUCUCAGGAUCUGGACUUUCUGGAGGAGAGCAUGUCACUCUGGGGUGGAAUGAAAAAGAUGACCUCAGGGCCGUGGUUGAUUAUCUGCGGCAAGAUGGAAAUGUCUCUUUGAUUGGCUUAUGGGGCCGCUCAAUGGGUGCCGUCACCAGCUUAAUGUAUGGAGCUGAGGAUCCCUCAAUUGCAGGAAUGGUUCUUGACAGUCCCUUUUCUGAUUUGGUUGACUUGAUGAUGGAACUUGGCGAUACGUAUAAAUUUCGUUUUCCCAAAUUCACUGUGAAGUUUGCAAUCCAAUAUAUGCGGAAAACUAUCCAGAAAAAGGCAAAGUUUGAUAUAAUGGACCUGAACACUAUCAAGGUGGCAAAAUCUUGCUUUGUUCCGGCUUUAUUUGGGCAUGCCAGUGAUGAUGAUUUUAUACAACCUCAUCACUCGGAUCGUAUAUUUGAAGCUUAUGAGGGAGACAAGAAUAUUAUCAAGUUUGAAGGAGAUCACAACUCCCCACGUCCACAGUUCUACUUUGAUUCCAUUAAUAUUUUUUUUCACAAUGUUUUGCACCCUCCAGAGGAUGAGGUGGGGGAAACAUAUUUUGACACAAUGCCUCACUACUUUGACAAGGAUGCUUGGAGCACUCUGCGUGAAGUAGGCAAUAACCUGGGAGUUUCAGUCAGUUCUAAAGAACCAUCGACAAGCAACGGGAAAGAUGCUAUUGAACAAGUUCAUCCAAAAAGACCGAUGAGUCGGAUAGAGGUUCCUUCGGAUAUUCCGUCAGAGGGCAAUCAAUCUGCAGUUGAGGUGUCCUCUUGCAUUUCCUCAACAAAGUUUGAGGGUGGAGAAAUUGAUGGCAAUCAUCUGCCAUCAUCAUCCAAAAUGAUAAGCUUUGAAUUAUCCAAUGGUAAUCCAUAUGGUCCUCAUGUUCCAACAGCAAUGGAUGAUGAUCAAUACGUGGAGUAUCAACUGGAUGACUUGUCGGGUUUCCCAUGUGAUGUAGAGGAGGAAGAAAGGAUGUUCAUGGAAGCCGUAAUUGCAUCAUUAAAGGAUUUGGAGAUACGAUAUCCGGAUGCAGAAGAACAGACCACCAUCAGUCCGAUUUCCACCGAAACUUCACAAAAACCUAACCUAAGUGCAUCUGACACAAUAGAGCAACAUGAACCUCCAAAGGCAGAUCCCACUUUCUUCUCUCCAGCAAUUAAUGGCCAAAAUUCUUCAAUGGAACACCCAUCACCUGAUCCUAGUGCGUCAUCCACUUCACCCCCAUUUGACACUCCCCAAUCCAUGACAGAAUCGGGAAGCUCAACCACAUCAACUCUUAGUGAUGCUUCAGGAAGUGUACAGACCUCAACAGAUACUGACUUGUCAAGUAACACGAAAGCGACGUUGACAGUAGAAAGGAACCCGGCCAAUCAUAUUAUGGAUGGCUUGAUGCGUCGUUGGGAUUUCAACUUGUUUCGUAACAAUCGAUGAACAUUAAUAUGAUUUUUUCUUUUUUUUUUCCUUUUUUUUUUUUGUUUCAACAAUCUUGUCAUGAUUUGUUUUGUAAUUAAGAUAGCAGCAAGCAAUUGAUUUAGUACUGUAAAAUACACGAAACGAAAGGAAGAUAGGUUCAGAAGAUGUGCUUAAAGUUGAUGGAAUUGGUUUAUAUGAUACAGUAUUUUUACUGCUCAAUUCGUUUGUGAACAA